GAGACCAAAAUGACAAAAUUGAAGAUUUUGCUGUGUCUGGCUGCUGUCAAAAACCACUCUGCUCCAUCCUCUUAUCACUGGCAUCAGCUUCAGGAUUGAAUACCCCUCUCUCUUUGCAUGGCCUGUGACAGAACAGACCUCCAAACGAUGAGCUCCCUGACCAGCACCUCGCACCUCCAGCUGGCUGCUUUUGCCUUGGGUACAAUAGGCUGGAUCCUGUGCACCAUUUCCAUGGGACUUGUGGAGUGGAGAGUGUGGCACGUGGACAACACCACCGUUAUCUCCUCGGGCAUUGCGUGGGUGGGGAUUUGGAAAGUGUGCUUCAUCAGUUAUCUUCACGUCUCAUCUGGUUAUAAAGAACAGUUCUGUCAUAAAUUCAGUGGCUAUGACUCCUUUGUCCCCCAUGAAAUUUAUGUUGCCCAGGGUCUCCUGCUGAUCGCCAUGGUCAUGGGUUUGCUGGGACUGACAGCCACAGUAUUUGCACUGAGAAAUAUUUAUAUGGGAAUCAGCCACAAAACUCUCGUCACCCAUUUCUUCCUGCUGGGUGGCUUCUUCUACAUAUUUGCUGGUCUGUGUGUCCUGGUUCCAGUGAGCUGGAACUUCUAUUCUGUAGCGCACAACCAGAGCAUCGCUUUUCCUCCCUCUUACUACAUGCCCUCCAGCCCCACGGCACAGGAAGCUGGUGCUGCCAUUCCCAUUGGGAUCAUAGCUGUCAUCUUGCUGCUGCUGAGUGGGACUUUUUCUCUCUCCUACAGAUUUCCUAUAACCACAAACACAGUCAUGAAAUCCUGAUGGGAUAAAUCCCCCCAUGCUGUUUCAGAACAAGAGCACCGUCAAAAGACAAGGAUGUCAGCACAAGUGAUUUUAUAGUCAAAGAACUACAGAAUUUAACUGUAGCCUACUGUAGCUACUAUAAUUUGUUAUAUAAAGCAGCUGAACUACCAUUCUGAUUGUCACAUAUGACCAGAGGUUCGUCUUUGAGAUAACUGCUGUAAAGCAGCAACUGUGAUUAUUAAGUUUUAUCAGUUGCCCUCUUUUGUAUAUACAAACUUUGUUGAUUAACUUAUUUGUGUGUGUGUGUCAAGUAUUUACUAUGUUCAAAGAGCAGACUCUGAAUUAACUGUCCUGUUAGAAAUACAUGGAAUUACAC